UAAUUUUUAGUUAUAAAUAUUGGUAAGCUCAGGCUCUUCGUCUCACUUGCACAACAACUUUCAAUCUCCCUAUUAUAAGCUUUAUACACACCAAGUUGCACCGUUGACUUCUAGCUUUCUCUUCAAUGGCAGAAAAUAUUCUCUUCAGUAUUGCUGAAGCAAUUGUUGGGAAGUUGGGUUCUUUUGCUCUCGAAGAAAUUGGAUUGCUUUGGGGUGUCAAAAAUGAUCUCCGAAAGCUUAACAGCACCAUGUCUACAAUCAAAGAUGUGCUUCUUGAUGCAGAGGAGAAGCAGACACACAACCAUCAAGUUAGAGGUUGGCUCACCAAGCUUCAGGUUGUAGUGUACAAUGCUGAUGACUUGGUGGACAAGUUUGACUUUGAAGCUUUGCGGCGUAGAGUGAUGCCUGGCAAUAAAAUGAGGAAGCAGGUAUGCAUUUUCUUCUCGAGCUCAAAUCAACUUGCUUUUGCGCUAAAGAUGGGUCAUAGAAUAAAAGAAAUUAGAGAGUCUCUAGAUGAAAUUAGAAGUCAAAGAGACUUUCUCUUAGACAAGCGUGUAGAAGAGACAAAAUCAGUCUCAGCUAAAGCAAGAGAGACCCACUCUUUUGUACGCAAGGAAGAAGUAAUUGGGAGGGACAAUGAAAGAAUGAAAAUCUUGCAACUUUUGUUGCAGGAUGAUGAAACUAAAGAGAAUGUCUCCACCAUUACCGUUGUUGGUAUUGGAGGACUAGGAAAAACAACACUUGCUCAACUUGUUUUCAACGAUGCCAUGGUCCAAAAGCAUUUUGAGCCAAGACUGUGGGUAUGUGUCUCAGAUGUCUUUGAAAUGAGACCAAUUGUUGGCAAUAUCAUUAAAUCUGCCACCAAUAGUAGCCCAGAUCAACAUCUUGCAAUGGAUCAGUUGCAAAAUUUGCUUAGGAAACAAAUAGAUGGAAAGAGAUACUUUCUUGUGUUGGAUGAUGUGUGGAAUGAAGAUCGCAAAAAAUGGCUUGAGUUAAAGUCUUUCUUAAUGGGUGGGGCAAGAGGUAGCAGAAUUCUGGUAACUACUCGCAGUGAGAAUGUUGCCAAGUUAAGCCAUACAUUAAAUGACCAGCCAUUUAAGUUAAAUGGCUUGGAGAAUGAUAAGUCAUGGUCUUUAUUUUCGAAAAUGGCCUUUAGGCAAGUUCAAGAUCUGAACAACCCAAAGAUUGUGGAUUUAGGAAAGGCAAUUUUAGAAAAGUGCAAGGGAGUUCCUCUUGCCAUAAAGACCAUAGGAAGUGUACUAUACUUAAAAAAUCCCGAAACUGAGUGGUCCUUCUUUAAGGAUAAUGAACUUGCAAAAGUAACUCAGCAAGAAGAUGAUAUUAUACCAACACUCAAGCUAAGUUACAAUCAUCUCCCUUCUUAUUUGAAACAUUGCUUUGCUUAUUGUAGUUUAUUUCCAAAGGAUCAUAAGUUUGAUGUGCAAAUGUUGAUACAUUUGUGGAUGGCACAAGGUUUUAUUAAGGCAGACCAAAACCAGUCUCCAGAAGAUAUUGGUUAUGGAUAUUUUUUGGAUCUACUAUGGAGGUCCUUUUUUCAAGAAGUAGAGGAAGUUGUUUCGGGUAAGAUCAGGUGGUGCAAAAUGCAUGAUCUCAUGCAUGAUCUUGCAAUGUCAAUGGCAGGAACUAGUAGUGUCUUAAUAAAUAAAGAUUCUAUCCGUUUUAGUGAAAAUCUUUUUCAUGUAUCUUUUGAUUUUUCACUAGGUGGUACAGAAAUUUUGAAAAGCGUAUCGCCUUUGCUUAAACAUCAUUAUAAGCUGCGGACAUUAUUUUGUCCACAAAAUAAUGAUGAGCAAGAGUUGACACUGAUAAACUGUAUGGAAAGUUGUUUGAAAUUUAAAUUAUUACGGGCACUUGAUUUUAACAGAUUUUAUUUUAUGAAGAAGCUACCAAAUAGUUUUGGAGAAUUAAAACAUUUGAGAUAUCUUGAUCUUUCAAGGUUUAGUAAACUCCAAAAGCUGCCCAAUUCUAUCACCAAACUGCAGAAUUUACAAACAUUGAAUCUUGCUGGGUGUUUUAAGUUAUCAAGUUUGCCAAGAGAUAUGCAUAAAAUGGUCAGCCUGAGGCACCUUGUGUUGGAUUGGUGUGAGAGUUUGAGUCAUAUGCCAAGUAGACUUGGAGAACUGACUUGCCUUCACACAUUAAGCAGAUUUAUUCUGCCAGAUCAUGACGUCAGCCAGUUGAGGCCAAGGAAUACGAGUAUCGGUGAGGUUGGUGAACUACGCAACCUUAACAGUUUGAGAGGUGAGUUAUCCAUUGAGAAUUUGAGACCUGAUAUUGAUGAAUCAGAUACUGCAAAUUUACAAGAGAAGCAACACCUGCAAGAGUUAAUAUCACACUACUUGGUGUUUGAGGAAGAUCAUUUUGUGGAAAAAUACGAAAAGUCGUUAGAAUUGUUGCGGCCACAUCCUAAUUUAAAAGCAUUGAGAGUUGAUGGGUACUUGGGAGUGGGUUUUGCCAGUUGGGUUAAGUCCCUUACUAAUCUUGUUGAUUUAAGAUUAGAUGGAUGUAGAAAAUGUCGGCAUCUCCCAGCUUUGCAUGAAUUACCUCGUCUCCAGAAACUUAUACUUCUUGGCUUGGAUUGCCUGGAGUAUAUUGAUGGUGAUCAGAAUACUGCUACUAGUUGUGACAUAAUACCAUUCUUCCCUUCCCUCAAGGUACUUGACAUUGAUAGUUGUCCAAAACUAACUUCCAUGCCACUAUUUCCAUCUCUUGAAAGGUUAGCACUACAUGAUACAAGCUCGAAGCCAUUACUUGGGACGAUGAUGAUGGCACAUAAGGAAGCUAGUUCCGGUGCAUCGCCGUCAUCAUCGUUCCAAUCUCUAUCCAAAUUGGUGGAAAUGACCAUUUGGUACAUUGAUGACCUACAAUCUCUUCCACAAGAAGGUGUGGCCUACCUCUCAUCUCUCCAAUCUCUUGAGAUUUUGGGUUGCCCCAAUUUGACGUCAUUGCCAGAAUCUAUCGGCAACCUCUCAUCACUCCGAUCUCUUGAGAUUAGCAGUUGCCCCAAGUUGACGUCAUUGCCAGAAGCUAUUGGCAACCUCUUAUCACUCCAAUCUCUUGCGAUUGGCUGUUUCCCCAAGUUGACGUCAGAAGCUAUGGGCAACCUCUCAUCACUCCAAUCUCUUGAGAUUAGGGAUUGCCCCAAUUUGACGUCAUUGUCAGAAGCUAUUGGCAACCUCUCGUCACUCCAAUCUCUUGAGAUUAGGGAUUGCCCCAAUUUGACGUCAUUGUCAGAAGCUAUCGACAACCUCGUUUCACUCCGAUCGCUUGAGAUUAGCAGUUGCCCCAAGUUGACGUCAUUGCCAGAAGCUAUUGGCAACCUCUCAUCACUCCAAUCUCUUGUUAUUUAUGAGUGCCUCAAUUUGAAUUCAUUGCCAGAAGCUAUGGGCAACCUCUCAUCACUCCAAUGUCUUAAAAUUGUUGAGUGCCCCAAUUUGAAUUCAUUGCCAGAAGGGCAGAUGUUACGCGCUUUAAUGAAAUUGUCCAUUAACCGGUGUCCAAUGCUACAACAAAGAUAUAAUAAGACAUCUGGUGGGGACUGGCCCAAGAUUGCCCACAUUCCAAAUGUUGAGUUCGAGUGAAACUCGGAUGCAUGCUACUUGUGCUUUGGGAAGUUCAUUGUGUACCGUUGUUUUUUAAUGCUUUAAAGUUGACAAGCGACUUAUCAUAAACAAUGUUCGGCUGGGUCAAUUUUCCCAAUUUCACAAUGGUAAAGGUUUGAAAAAUGUGUUGAUGCUUGUUCAAAAUCAACUAUGAAUCCAUCGCACAUAGCACUCAUGGAAUAAGCAACAAUGGCAGUUGAGCUCUGCAACACUCAAAUGAGAUUGGAUUGCCUGAAGCUUGAAAACACAAAGCCAUAUCUAACAUGGAAGCUCUACUUGUUGCUGAUGUAGAGGAGGAGCAGACAAAAACAUCAAUUUAGAGAUUGGCUUGAGAAGUUUCAGUUUUUAUUAUAUGAUGCUGAUCACUUGGUGGAAGAGUUUCACAUUGAAGCUCCCAGGCAUGGAGUGAUAUCAGUUUGGGAAUAAAAUGGCAAAGCAGGUAAGCAUUUUCUUCUCAAACUCAAAUCAAUUUGCUUUUAGGAUUAAGAUGGGUCAUAACUCAUAACAUAAAUGAUAUCAGAGUGACACUAUAAGAGAUUACAUGCAAUAGAGGCUUUCACUUGAUUGAAUAGACGACUAUCACCAUUUUCUCAGGCUAUAAACCAAACUAAAUGUUUCUAUUUGUUCUGAAUAAACUUAUUUAAAACUUGGUGUAGCUGUAUUAUGUGUGCCUAUCCUUAAGUAUCUCCUUGUAGAAAUUAGAAAGACCGCAUUCUGGUUUACACAUUGUUUGUGAUAGUGCAGAUUGUUGUCUAAGCAAUGGAAACUGUGGCAGUUCCAUGUUGAAACAGAGAAUAGUGUGGCAUGACUGAGAAAUAGGUUAUAAAGUUUGGACUGAGCUGAUGACAAAGUUAAUGGAAAUGAUUAGCCAUGCUGUGUAGUUUUGAGUUCAAAGUUUUAUUAUCCCUACAAUCCUAUUAUAACACUUUAUCUAACAUGAUUAGGCAUUUACACAAAGUACGUAGUUAAACAUGCUUUUCUUUAUGGUUGCUUACUGUUGAAACAUCUCUAGACUGUUAUGCAAGAUGUUUUAUUUCAUGAUGCAAAUAUGAUUAACGAUAUGUAUUAUAUAUAUUCAAGUUAUGACUAACCUCUGUUCUUGAAUUAUGUUACUGGAUUGGAUUAAACUUUGGAGGUGGACUGGCUGACUUUGAAGGGUUUACCUUUGGCUCGGUGGAUAUGGCAAUUAGGCAAGCAUUCUAACUACAACUGUCCGGUGGUACAAGGCAUUAUGACUAACGCCUGUUUUUGAACUAUGUAAAUGGAGAAAAGAUAGGAGGUGAAGUAUUUGAAGUUUCAGCAGCUCAUCAGGCACUUAAACCAGUAUAAUCUUACAUGCUUGCAGAAGGAUGGUUUUUAAACAUUCACUAAGAUGCAUUGUUUCUUUAUCUUUUUCCUGGUCUAGAUAAAUAUAUAUCAAGCAGCAGCCAUAUCUUUCCUUCUGUUCUUUUCAAAUCAAGUUUUACUGAUUUAAUUGUCAACUCAUUCUUGGAUUCCAAUAUAUCAUCGUCAAGUUGCCAAUAUCCAUUCCUGUGCUGGCUUUGAAUUUUAAAGGUUUGAAAAUUGUGUUGAUGCUUGUUCAAAAUCAACUAUGAAUCCAUCACACAUAGCACUCAUGGAAUAAGCAACAAUGGCAGUGGAGCUCUGCAACACUCAAAUGAGAUUGGAUUGCCUGAAGCUUGAAAACACAAAGCCAUAUCUAACAUGGAAGCUCUACUUGUUGCUGAUGUAGAGGAGAAGCGGACAAAAACAUCAAUUUAGAGAUUGGCUUGAGAAGCUUCAGUUUGUAUUAUAUGAUGCUGAUAACUUGGUGGAAGAGUUUCACAUUGAAGCUCCCAGGCAUGGAGUGAUAUCAGUUUGGGAAUAAAAUGGCAAAGCAGGUAAGCAUUUUCUUCUCAAACUCAAAUCAAUUUGCUUUUAGGAUUAAGAUGGGUCAUAACUCAUAACAUAAAUGAUGUCAGAGUGACACUAUACGAGAUUACAUGCAAUAGAGGCUUUCACUUGAUUGAAUAGACGACUAUCACCAUUUUCUCAGGCUAUAAACCAAACUAAAUGUUUCUAUUUGUUCUGAGUAAACUUAAUUAAAACUUGGUUUAGCUGUAUUAUGUAUGCCUAUCCUUAAGUAUCUCCUUGUAGAAAUUAGAAAGACCGCAUUCUGGUUUACACAUUGUUUGUGAUAGUGCAGAUUGUUGUCUAAGAAAUGGAAGCUGUGGCAGUUCCAUGUUGAAACAGAGAAUAGUGUGGCAUGACUGAGAAAUAGGUUAUAAAGUUUGGACUGAGCUGAUGACAAAGUUAAUGGAAAUGAUUAGCCAUGGUGUGUAAUUUUGAGUUCCAAGUUUUAUUAUCACUACAAUCCUAUUAUAACACUUUACCUAGCUAGAUCAGGCAUUUACACAAAGUGGACUGGCUGACUUGGAAGGGUUUACCUUUGGCUCGGUGAAUAUGGCAAUUAGGCAAGCAUUCUAACUACAACUGUCCGGUGGUACAAGGUGUUAUGACUAACGCCUGUUUUUGAACUAUGUAAAUGGAGAAAAGAUAGGAGGUGAAGUAUUUGAAGUUUCAGCAGCUCAUCAGGCACUUAAACCAGUAUAAUCUUACAUGCUUGCAGAAGGAUAGUGUUUAAACAUUCACUAAGAUGCAUUGUUUCUUUAUCUUUUUCCUGGUCUAGAUAAAUAUAUAUCAAGCAGCAGGCAUAUCUUUCCUUGUGUUCUUUUCAAAUCAAGUUAAGAAAAUCAUUUCCUUUUACUUAUGAAUAUUCCAAAAUUUAUUGUUUUAAAAAGUACAUAUAUAAUUUUCACUUCUUCUUUUUUCCCUGUGGCAUUUUAAAGUCUUUGAGCUUUUGUUGUUAGAUUGACAACUUGGAGAUGGAAAUAUAACUGAUAUCAAGAACAUGUUCCCGGAAUAAUAAUUAUGUUUCUCUCUUUCACAUAAAGAUGUCUUGUUUUCACUGGUACUUUACAUGCAUAAAUCUCUUUUGGAAACUAGAUCAAUUUCCAUCCCUUAUUCUUACUAUGAUCUCCAUUGUUACAGGUUUUACUGAUUUAAUUGUCAACUCAUUCUUGGAUUCCAAUAUAUCAUCGUCAAGUUGCCAAUAUCCAUUCCUGUGCUGGCUUUGAAUUUUAAAGUUAGAGGCUCAUAAAAGAGGGCUCAACAGCAGAAACAGAUACACUGCAAUAGAAGCUUUCAGUUCUCGUUCAGUCCCCAUUGUUCUUGUUUUUCCUUGUAACCUCUUGUUCUUAGUUUUCCUUUCUCUUGGUAUUGUUAAAGAACAUUCAGGGUGAGUUUUUUGUGAGAAAGAGAGAGGGUGUAGAAGGGAUUUUGGGUUGGUUUAAGGGUUUAGAGAAAUCUGUACCAAGAGAAAGAACAUUGCAUCAAGCUUAGUUCAUAGUCAAAGAACUUCUUGGAUUGUGUUCACCAAGGAUGCAGGUCUAUUCCGGACUGAACCUUGUAAAUUUGUUUGCAUUGAUUAUCUCUUUAGUAUUGAAUUUCCAAUAGUUUUGUUGAUAAGAUACAAGCUUUAAAGCUCAAUCCUGCUCAUCAUCAAGAAAGCACUACAGCUCAGCUCAGCUCACUCCGUCAGUUUCCACAACAGCAGCUUCCAUCUAAUCAACUUUAACUUCUUCGGUCUUCUAUCAUAUUAGUUGCUGCCAAUUGUCAGUUAUUAUAGUUAGUUAAAAAAUGUUUUCUGUAUACAGUUUAGUCAAGAUAGAAAGUAUUAUGUCUCUAUUAAUACUCGAUACUCAAUAGAUUGAUCACUGAGUUUUCUUCUUGGCCAAA